UCCAGGGGUUGAUACUCCCUCAGGGCAUGUUUGUCGUCUUCGUCGCGCAUUGUAUGGGCUGAAACAAGCUCCUCGUGCUUGGUUUGAGCGAUUCAUCUCUGUCAUCACAGCUGCUGGUUUUUCUUCUAGUGAACAUGAUCCUGCAUUGUUUGUUCAUGUCUCUCCAAAAGGUCGUACCUUACUACUAUUAUAUGUGGAUGAUAUGCUGAUUACAGGUGACAACUCAGAACAUAUUUCUCAUGUCAAGCUACACCUUAGUAAGGAAUUUCAGAUGUCUGAUCUGGGCCCGCUUAGCUAUUUCUUGGGCAUUGAAGUUCAGCAAACCCAAAAAGGUUUUUAUCUGUCUCAGUCGAAAUAUAUACAAGAUCUUCUUGAUCGCUCUGGACUUACUGAUACUCGCACUGUUGCAACACCGAUGGAUAUUCAUUUAAAACUUCGUCCGAAGGAUGGGACCCCACUAGCAGAUCCAACUCGGUAUCGUCAUAUUGUGGGUAGUCUUGUUUAUCUCACUAUCACCAGACCUGAUAUUGCUCAUGCUGUUCAUAUGUUGAGCCAAUUUGUAUCAACACCUACUUCGGUUCAUUAUGGUCAUUUGCUUCGUGUGCUUCGAUAUUUACGUGGGACAAGAUCCAGAUGUUUACUCUAUGCUUCAGAUAGCCCACUUCAGCUUCAUGCGUAUUCAGAUGCCACUUGGGCCAGUGAUCCUGUUGACCGUUGUUCUACUACAGGUUACUGUAUUCUCCUUGGGUCAUCUCCCAUUGCAUGGAAAUCCAAGAAGCAAGCGGCCAUUUCUCGUUCUAGUGCUGAAGCCGAACUUCGGGCACUUGCUACUACCACUGCUGAAAUUAUUUGGUUGCGCUGGCUCUUGGCUGAUCUUGGUGUCUCUUGUGACACUUCUACACCUCUGUUAUGUGAUAACUUGAGCGCUAUACAGAUUGCUCAUGAUCCAGUGAAGCAUGAACUUACUAAACACAUAGGUGUUGAUGCAUCCUUUACUCGAUUCCAUUGUCAGCGGAAGACUAUUGAUCUUCAAUAUGUGCCCUCAGAAUAUCAAUUGGCAGAUUUCUUCACCAAAGCACAAACAAGAGCACAACAUCAGUUUCACUUGAUCAAACUCAAAGCUUCAGAUCCUCCAUUUCCACCUUGAGUUUGAGGAGGGGUGUUAAGGCCCAUUAGGCACAGGCCCUACUGGCUAUAUAUAUUACCUACAGUCCUUAGGGACCUUUAUCAAUUAUCUAUCCCAAGGUUAGUAACAAAUUCAUUGUUAAAAACACUUCCUAGAUAUACUCCCUUCAUUUGAAUCAAGAUAUUUCCAUAUACCAGUUAAACAACCACCUUGAAGACCGUGUCCUUGACCUAAGGACUAACAUUUGCGAAUUCUAACCAGAAAUAUUUCAUUGAAUAAAUUUGGUAGCUUCACGCCAUGGUUAUUAAAAAGGUGCUUAAGCGCUAAGCGCUACUCAGAAUGUAAAGUGUUGUAACUUUUCACAAAAUAACGUAAAGCAUUCGUUUUAAGCGCUAAAGCGCCACUUUUUAGCGUAAAAACGCUCUGGACCAU